GUUACACGGCCAAAGUUGGGGUCCGUCCCACAACACCCAAACACUCACCCCAUGACUCCAAAUGGGCUAGAAACACCUGACACUAGUAGCACAAGGGCAAGCAAGCCUUGGCAGUAUUGGGGAGUUGUGAUGGUUUUUUUUGAAAACCCAGUGGAUCUUGCUCCUUUUAAACCAAGCGUUCUUCCACUCUUCCAUCCUUAUGCUGCACAGAGCUAUCUAGUCAAGGAAG